AUGGGCGGAAAAGCUCCCAUAAGUUUUGUGAGCCAUCAGGACAACACUAACAUCCGCAACAACGAGACACCAUUCUGUAUGAUGUUUGGCACAGAAGCAGUCCUCCCAAUUGAAGUCACCCAACCCACCGCCAGGGUCGAAGGCUAUGACGCCACAACCAAUGCUGACAGCGUUUGCCUCAACAAAGACUUACUCGAGGAGAAACGCCACACAGCUCACUCGCACAACUUGCAAAACAAGCAAUGUGUUUCGUGUUUCUAUAAUGCCAGAAUCAAAGCUAGAAACCUCCAACUGGGGGACUGGGUCAUGAAGGAAGUCAUACCUCUUCCCACUGCCCUUCGUCCCACUUGGGAAGGCCCUUACCAAAUCAUAGAAGUCGUCAGCCCUGACACUUUCUACCUGAAGAACAAGGAUGGCGACAUGGCGUAA